AUGAGCGUCCUCGCCUCCACACUGCGCCGACGCGCAGCUACCUGCCGCAAUGGUCUGCCAUCGACGGCGGCUUGGAGCUGCGGACCCCGAGACGGCGCGCGCAUAGCUCCCCAGCAGCUCUCUUCUCACGGAACGGGUCGCCGCCAUGUGUCGGACACGGCGGGCAAGAAAACCAAGGCGAAGACGGCCAUCUUCUUUCCAGGUCAGGGUGUCCAGAAAGUAGGCAUGAUCACGCCUUGGUUCGAGGCGUUCCCGCGUUCGGCCCAGGCCAUCAUGGACGAGAUCGACGAGCUCAUGGGCUACAAACUCUCGUCCAUCAUCCGCGACGGGCCCUCGAGCGUGCUGACCGCAACCGCUAACGCCCAGCCCGCCAUCAUGGCCACGAGUAUUCUCAUCCUCCGCAUCCUGGAACGUGAAUUUGACUUCAAGCUCACCGACCGCAUCGACGUCUCUCUCGGCCACUCGCUUGGCGAGUUCGCCGCCCUCGUCGCCGCCGGGAUCCUGGCCUUUGAGGACGCCCUAUACAUAUGCCGUCGGCGCGCCGAGGCCAUGGCCGAGGCCACCCAGAUGGCAAAGGACCAGUGGGGCGGCGACUACGGCAUGGUAGCCGUGGUCACGGAGCCCGAGUACCUCUCCUCGCUUAUCGAGGCCAUUGACGACUUUGUCGGCUAUCGCUCGACGGGGGCCAGGAGCGACCAUGCGGAGGAUAUACAGCCCAUCGACCAGGUGCUCAUUGCGAAUGUGAACAGCAAGAACCAGAUCGUGCUUAGCGGCAACAUCGAGAAGAUUAAAGAGCUCGUCGCCCAUGUGCGCCAGUUCCUCGGUCACGACCCCAGGGCCGUCCGGCUCAAUAGCGACAGCCCGUUCCACAGCCCCAUCAUGCGGCCCGCCGUCGGGGUGAUCCGCGAGCUGCUCGCAGGGAAGAGCCGGGCCCGGGGCAGAGAAGGCGAGGAUAUGGUCAAGUUCCCGGCGGAUUUGAUGUGCAUCAGCAACGUCAGCGCGAGGCCGUUUCAGAGCACAGAGGACGUCAAGGAUUUGCUGGCGCGGCAGUGCCUGGAGACGGUGCAGUGGUGGGAGAGCAUCAAGUAUCUGGAUCAAGAGCAGAAGGUCAGGCGGUGGCUCGGCAUCGGGCCGGGCAAGGUGGGGAGGAACCUCGUGGGCAAGGAGGUCGGCAUGAGAGGGAUGGACAGGGUCAAAGGCGGCGGCGUGUGGGCUAUUACUGAUCCCGACGAGAUCGAGGAUGUGCUGAGAGGGCUAGAGAAAACGGAGUGUCUAGAUGAUGAGGAUGAAUAG